AUGGUGACACCCGGGGCCCUGAGGGUCCUGUUUCUCCUGCUCCUCCUGCUCUGGGCCUCAGGUAUGGAAAAUUCUAGGAUCCUGGAGCAACCGAGAAACGUCUGCCUGGGGCUCAUCAAUGAGGGCAACUAUGAGUCCUUCCACCUGGAGAACACAGCUGGCUGCUUCACAAAAUGCAGGCAGUCAGGGAAUGAACCCUGCGACCUGAAAAACUUACAGAGAUACUGGCUGAAAUACGAGUUCCAUCUGGUGGAGAAUCAGAUGGGGAUAGUGAAUACGUCUUUUUUGAAGGCUGUUGUCCAGAGUGUCAGCACCAACAUCUCAGAAGACCUGCUCUUCUCUCUGACGCCCUCCCAGGUUCCAAGGCCAGUGACAGAGGAGGAGCAUGAGCCCCCCGACAGAGUCCGGCUGCCCCGGAGUCUCUUUGAAUCCCUGCAGGACAGCAGGUCGGUGGUCCGGCUGGCCAUCACGCUCCUGGACAUCGGUCCAGGGAAUCUCUUUAAGGGCCCCGAGCUCAGCCUGGAGGACAGCAGCAGCGUGUUGAACAACCGCCUGGUGGGCUUGAGUUUGGGCAAUAUAUCUGUCAGCAGGCUGGCUGAGCCUUUGGAGAUCACCUUCUCCCACCAGCGCCCACCCUCUAACAUGACCUUCAGCUGUGUAUUCUGGGAUGUGACUAAAGGGUCAACAGGAGACUGGUCUUCCACAGGCUGCUCCACAGAGCUCAGCGCCAAGAGGACUGUCUGUCGCUGUGACCACCUGACCUUCUUCGCUUUGCUGCUGAGGCCGAUCUUGGACCGGGCCACGGUGCAGGCCCUCAUUCGCAUUUCCCAGGCUGGCUGUGGAGCCUCGAUGAUCUUCCUGGCCUUCACUGUUCUCCUGUAUGCUGCCCUGAGCCCCCAGCAGCCCCACUCCCUCCGUCUCAGAGCAAGCCGUGAGUGUGAGCGGUGCCACCCCUGUCCCCAACCAAGCCCCCGCCUGGGACGCAGCCCCCAUCCCCAACAAGCUGAGCAUGACCUGCCAGCUGGCCGCGCCGCUGGACCCUGUGAGCCCGGCUUGGAGCGCCAGAAGGAAUCGUCACCAACUCUCGAGGGUGGGCCCUGGCGUCUCAGGUUCUAUCGGCAGCGGUUCAAGUCAGAAGAUGCCCCCAAGGUCCACGUGGCCCUGAGCAUUAGCUUGUUUCUCCUGAAUCUAGCCUUCUUCAUCAAUGUGGGGCAUGGCCGUGAGCCGUCAGAUGCCACCUGCUGGGCCCGGGGGGCCAUCUUCCACUAUUUCCUACUCUGUACCUUUACCUGGAUGGGCCUGGAAGCCUUCCACCUCUAUCUGCUCGUCAUCAAGGUCUUCAACACCUACUUUGGGCACUAUUUCCUGAAGCUGAGCCUCGUGGGCUGGGGCCUGCCUGCCCUAAUCGUCAUUGGCACCGGGAGCGCCAACAGCUAUGGCCACUAUGCCAUCCGCGACAAGAAGAACAUGGCCACGCUGGAGCUGUGCUGGUUCCGUGAGAAGACCGCUGUCUCUGCCCUCUAUGUCACCGUCCAUGGCUACUUCCUUAUCACCUGCCUCUUCAGCGCUGUGGUCCUGGGCCUGGUGGCCUGGAAGAUCUUCACUCUGUCGACUGCCACAGCAGGCAAGGAGCAGGGACCGAACUGGAAGGGAGUGCUCACCGUGCUGGGCCUCUCGAGCCUGGUGGGUGUGACCUGGUGGCUGGCCAUCCUCACGCCCCUGGGCCGAUCCACCAUCUAUGUCUUCGCGCUGUUCAACUCCCUGCAAGGUGUCUUCAUCUUCUGCUGGUUCGCCGUGCUCUACUUCCCCAGCCGGACUGCCGUGGCCUCCUCUUCUGGCACCGCCAGAAUUGACCAGGUCCACACCGCGUCUCAAGAAUAG